GCGGCCAUGGCCCGGGCGGGCGGCGGCGGCGCAGCAGCUCCCGAACGCGCGGGGGGCGCGGCGCGGCCCGAGCCGUGGGAGCUGUCCCUGGAGGAAGUGCUGAAGGUGUACGAGCAGCCCAUCAACGAGGAGCAGGCCUGGGCGGUGUGCUUCCAGGGCUGCCGCGGGCUGCGGGGCGAGCCGGGCGGCGUGCGGCGCAUCCGGGACACGGCAGACAUCCUCCUGCGUAGGGACGGCUCGGUUGGCGCGCGGCUGGAGCCCGAGCCUUCGACCAUGGUGGUCCCACCCGCCAACUCAGAAGCCCAGAUGGUGCAGUCACUGGGCUUUGCCAUCUACCGUGCGCUGGACUGGGGGUUAGACGAGAAUGAGGAGCGAGAGCUCAGCCCGCAGCUGGAGAGGCUCAUCGACCUCAUGGCCAACAGCGACUGUGAAGACAGCAGCUGCGGGGCAGCAGAUGAGGGCUACGGGGGUCCAGAAGAGGAGGAGGAGGCUGAGGGCGGCCCCCGAGCUGUGCGCACCUUUGCUCAGGCCAUGCGGCUGUGUGCCUCACGCCUGACGGAUCCCCACGGUGCGCAGGCCCACUACCAGGCAGUGUGCCGAGCUCUCUUUGUGGAGACGCUUGAGCUCCGUGCCUUCUUGGCCCGGGUGAGGGAGGCCAAAGAGAUGCUGCAGAAGCUAGGAGAGGAUGAGCCACGGGUAGAGAAGCCGCUGGCCGAGCUCGACCACCUGGGACACACAGACUGGGCCCGGCUGUGGGUCCAGCUCAUGCGGGAGCUCCGUCACGGGGUGAAGCUGAAGAAGGUGCAAGAGAAGGAGUUCAACCCCCUGCCCACCGAGUUCCAGCUCACGCCCUUCGAGAUGCUGAUGCAGGAUAUCCGUGCCAGGAACUAUAAGCUGCGAAAGGUCAUGGUCGAUGGCGACAUCCCUCCCCGAGUGAAGAAAGACGCCCAUGAGCUCAUCCUGGACUUCAUCCGUUCACGGCCUCCACUGAAGCAGGUCUCAGAGAGACGGCUUCGCCCUGUGCCACAGAAGCAAAGAACACUGCACGAGAAGAUCCUGGAGGAAAUCAAACAGGAGCGGAGGCUUCGUCCAGUAGGGGCCGAGCACUUGGGAGCCCGUGGGUUUGGUUCUCUGCCCUGCAUCCUCAACGCCUGCUCCGGGGACAUCAAGUCCACUUCCUGCAUCAACCUGUCUGUCACAGAUGCUGGGAGUGGGAGUCAGCGCCCACGGCCCCGGGUCCUGCUGAAAGCCCCGACCUUAGCAGAGAUGGAAGAGAUGAGCACGCCUGAGGAAGAAGAGUCCCCAUGUGGUGAGGUGGCGCUGAAGCGGGACCGCUCUUUUUCGGAACACGACCUGGCCCAGCUUCGGAGUGAGAUGGGAUCUGGCCUUCAGUCAGCCACUCAGCCCCCAGGAGGGACAGAGCCUCCUCGGGUCAGAGCAGGCAGCAUGCACUCCUGGAGGCCCAGCACCCGAGACCAGGGUCUCUGUUCUGUGAGUGGCCAGUCUCAGCCUCACCCCAGCAACUUGAGCUCAGCGGAUGGACCUGAGGCUUCUGCACCAGAUGCCAGACAUCUAUGGCUGGAGUUCAGCCAUCCUGUGGAGAGCCUGGCUCUGACUGUAGAAGAGGUGGUAGAUGUGCGGAGGGUGCUGGUGAAGGCAGAGAUGGAGAAGUUUCUGCAGGACAAGGAGCUCUUCAGCAGCCUUAAGAGGGGGAAGAUUUGUUGCUGCUGCCGAACCAAGUUUCCCCUAUUUUCCUGGCCACCUACCUGUCUCUUCUGCAAGAGAGCCGUGUGCACUUCCUGUAGCGUAAAGAUGAAGAUGCCUUCCAAGAAGCAUGGACACAUCCCUGUGUACACACUUGGUUUCGAGAGUCUCCAGAGGGUGCCAACUACCAAAGCCUCGCCAGCACUGAGGAGAGACGCCUUCCAAUGCCUGCAGGGACCGAAGUGGCGGAGCGUGGAGGAGGAGUUCCCCCACAUCUAUGCCCACGGCUGUGUCCUCAAGGACGUCUGCAGUGACUGCACCAGCUUUGUGGCUGACGUAGUGUGCUCCAGCCGCAAGAGCGUGGAUGUCCUCAAUGCCACGCCACGGCGCAGCCGCCAGACGCAGUCCCUCUAUGUCCCCAACACCAGGACUCUCAACUUCCAAUGACUGUUUGAUGGCCUCCCUGCACCCCACCCUGGAACACAGCUGCCAUCAGCCCCCCUCGCGCAUGUACAUAUAUACAUAUAUAGAUACAUUUAUAAUAUAUAUAUGGCCUAUAUUUAU